CAAGGGCAUCCACAAAAUGUCAGUUCCUCUGCACCGCAUACGCUUCUACGACCACACGCCCUCCCCCAUCACCGCCAUACAAUACACCCCCCUCCCUCUUCCCGCCCCUUCUUCGACCCCCUCUCAAACCCCACCAGCCCACCCAGGAGACUGUAUCAUCGCAAGAGAAAACGGCCAUGUCGAAAUAUGGAAACAUGUCUCGGACAAGCAAGUAGACUCGUAUGGGAACUGGGUCCUCUACAAGACACUCCCACCAACCCUUACCCAUCCUACCAUCUCGCAACUUGCUCUAGUUAUCCGUGACCCUCUCAACUGCUCCACACCUGCCUUGAACGAUCUUCGACUGUUCACGUCUAGUUCAGAUUCUGGAGAUCUCGUCGAAAGAUGCUUAUUCACCGGCAAGAUUCUCCAAACCUACUCCAUCCCCUCGGCGCCUAUAUGGUCUCUUGCAGUAGCCCCUACACACGACCUCCUCUGUCUUUCCACCACCUCUCCCAACCUCCAUUUCCUCUCUAUUCCACCUCCGACUAUGUUUGACCCCUCGCCCUCCCUUGAACCGCCUCCUCCCCAUCUCCUUCGAACAGACGCUCUCCCCUCUCGAACCCGAACAACCUCUAUCGCUUUCGGUCCUCCUACGUUGACCCAGCUUCCGGACGGUACAGCCGAAUGGCGCAAUACGACAUUGGUGACUGGAAACUCGGAUUCAUCAUGGAGGAAAUGGGAGAUCCCCGCGCCUGCAGACGGGUCCAGGCAGGGUCCCAAUCGAGUGGUCUUGAAGGGACGAGCUGUGGUGGAGAAAGUGCAGAAAGCUGGAAGAGGUGGACGUAAGGCUACGGGUGCUGCUGGCGGACAAAAGCAGACCAUUGUCUGGUCCAUUGGUAUCCUGCCAGAUGGAACCGUCGCCACAACCGACUCUCUCGGCUCUCUUAUAUUCUGGGACCCCCUCUCCCUCGCUCAGCGUCAACAUUUCCGCGCUCACAAAGCCGAUGCCAUGUGUCUCGCCAUCGGUCCCGGUGGUUCAACCGUCUUCACAUCCGGCCCCGACCAGCGUGUUUGCCAAUUCGUUCGGGCUCGAGCUCCUGGAGGAGAAUGGGUCCUGGUCAGCGCCAAGAGGUUACACGCCCACGACGUGAGGGCUCUUGCCGUUUGGCCGCCGUACGUCCCUGUCCCUAUCACUACAGACACCAAACAUGGCACUAGCACUGUCGGAGCUGGGCUCGCCCCCGUGCUCGCCUCGGGCGGUUGGGACAUGUCCCCCACCUUCACCCCCGCCUCCCACCCUUCCUCACCUCCCCUCCCUUCCCCCUUGGCUCGCCCCUCCCAAUCCCAAACCCUCCCCACAUUUGAAUCCACCCAUCCUCGACGGAUGGGCUACCUCUCCUCCGGCCUUCUCUCCUCCUCUUCCCCCAUCACAUUCUCCCCCUCUGCUCGCCUGGUCGUCGGGAAACGCGCCCGAGGCGUGGGCAUCUGGAGAGUCCACCCCAACGAGAACGGUUGGGAAAAACUGCUCGAAAUGGAACUUCGCCUCCGCACCACUAUUAUCGCUACCACCAUCUCGGAACACGGGAAAUACCUCGCCGUCUCCGAUCUGUACGAGACGAAACUCUUCAAACUCGUCCCAACCUCUUCCGGCCUGAAACCCACCCGUCUCCCUCUCCUUCCUGCCCUCCUCUCUUCCCCGCUUCUUCACCAUCUAAACACCCAAUUAACGACUCAAGGCUGUGGCUCAACGAGUAUGGUGUUCACCCCCGAUGGAGGCAGGGUGGUGUUGGGUCUCGUAACCGGACAAGUGCUGAUCAUCGAGCUAGCCGAGGAUGAGGAAAAUGUAGAGGUGGAAGUUGUCAAGUGUUUUGAGCGGAAAGAGAGGGUGGUGAGGGGUAGAGUGAUCAAGGGCAAGAAUGUCAACGGCACUGGCGUGAACGGCAACAAUACCGCUCCUGAUAUCGACGUCUCUAUGACAGAAAAAGCCGAGGAGCAAGAAUCCAACUCUGGCUCUGAAUCCGAAUCCGAAUCUGAAUCCGAUUCACCGUCAACUUUCCACUCCAAUGGCGCUCACAAGCAAACUCAAAACGAGUGGAUCUCGACUCUCGCAGUGAGCGAAGACGGUCAGUGGCUUGGUGUGGCGGAUCUAGAAGGCCGUGUCGAAGUUUUCAACCUCGACAGUUUGCAGCUUCACUCCACUCUCCCCACCCUCCCUCACCCACCUACAACCCUUUCCUUCCCCUCCCUCCCCUCUCCUUCCCCAUACCUCGCCAUCCUCUCCCCUACCAACACUCUUUCACUAUACAACCUCGACCAAAGACGGUUCAUUCCGCUCCCAAGUCUGGGGAAAGGCGAAUUGGAAAAGUUUGGGAAUGUUUUAAGCAAGAUGCAGACGCCGGUUAUGGGUAUGGUUUGGAGGCCGUCAAGGUUCUCCCUCCCUGUUGGGCCCCGAGGAGAUGGAGAAGGAAAAGCAUUGCUUUGGGGAACAGAUUACCUCGUGACCCUGCGCGUGAGCAGGGACAUGCUCCACCCCACUCCGAACGCCCACGUCAAUGGCGAGGUGGCCUCCAUGCCCAACCACUCGGCUUCUACCACCACCAUCUCAUCGAUUAAUGGAAAAGGAGGAGAAUCAAAGAGUUCAAGGAAGAAACGAGCGCGCGAAGCGCGCCAGGCGAAAGCCAGCCAUGGGCAAGGGGAAGAAGGAGGAGCGGGAGUGGGACGGGACCUUGAGGAGAAGAAGGAAGAAUAUUACAAGAUUAUCGGCGAUCGAUUCAAAUCCAUCUUGUCUGUCGGGUGGCUCGUUGGUUCACACCAGUCCCAAGGUGAAGAAAGGGGAGAGGAGGGGGAGCUGGAAGUAGGUGUGGUAGAAAGGCCUUGGGGCGAUUUCGUGGCAGAGUUGCCGGGUGUGUUCUGGAGUGGGUCAUAUGGUUCGAGCUAAGAGCCCAACGGGUCGUCCCAAGAAAAGGGUUUAUGGAGAGAGAAAACGGGGAGAGGAAGGGGAAGAUAUUAUAGGUUAUAGAUCCAUGUAUAAGGGCUUUCUGCAUC